UUCUUCCCCAAUCUCGAUAUUAUCUUGCUUAUGACGAAGAAUAAUAGAUUCGAGCAAGUUCGAGAAAUAACCAUAUAGUUAGGUUAAAGGUAUUCAUUAUUAUUAUUUGAAAAAAAUACAUUCAAGAGUUCAGCUAUAGAGAACAAACCUGAUAUUUCUGAUAGUGAUAUCGAAAUUCGGAAGCUGAUGGAACGUUCAAGAACUUUGACGAAACUUUAGGGAAAAGUAUUGUGAAAGAAAACAUUUCUCGCGUACAUAUAUACGAUAUUUUAUAUCAAAGUGUUGUUCCAAAACUGGAUAAGAUAAACUGAUUGCGAAAUAGAAAUGUCACAGGAAACAAAUUUGUUGCUUUGUUAUCAUCGCGGUUGUGGAAAGAAAUUCGAUCCAAAUGAUAAUAAGGAUGAUGAUUGCGUUUAUCAUUGUGGAUAUCCAGUGUUUCACGAUGCUUAUAAGGGAUGGUCCUGCUGCAACAAAAAGUGUACAGACUUUACAGAGUUUUUGAAUAUCAAAGGUUGCACGAAAUCAAAACACUCGAAUGAAAAACCACCGGAACCAGAAAAAUCAUCUAUUGAUAAAAGCAAGAUUGACGAAGUGAUAGAAGUUAUUUCUAAGCCUGUGCACAAUGGAAUAUCUUUAAAAAGACCUGCCUUUGACACUGCUCAAUUUAUACUGUCGCCAACGAUAUCUCCCAUUCUGCUGGAACAGAUUAAAGGAUUGACAGCUACAGAGGUUGACAAACCAAUAGAGAGCAAAAUACAAAUAGGACAAAAUUGUAAAAACAAUUCAUGUAAAGGGUCUUAUAUGGGGGUUUCUUCCGAUGAAGAAACUUGUCAUUAUCAUCCGGGAGUACCUAUAUUUCACGAAGGAUUGAAAUAUUGGUCCUGCUGUCAAAAGAAGACAACAGAAUUUUCUGUAUUUUUGGAUCAACCUGGUUGCACGCAAGGCAAACAUGUAUGGUUUUCCAAGAAUACAGGAAAAAAGGCUCAAUGUAGAAUGGAUUGGCAUCAAACUGGAUCAUAUGUAGUUGUUUCUAUUUAUGCGAAGAAAUAUCUGCCUAAUCAGUCUGUCAUAAAAUUAAAUCCUAUUCAUCUGACUGUAGAUUUAUUCUUUAUAGAAGAAAACUCAAGAUAUAAUCUUGAUAUAGAAUUGAGAGGAAUUGUGGAUGUUGAGCAAAGUAGUGUAAAUAUGCUGCCAACCAAAGUAGAAAUCAAAUUAAAAAAAGCUGAACCUGGUUCAUGGUCGAAAUUAGAUAUUCCUAGAGAAGUAAAGCCGGAAAUUUCUGAAAGCAAAGAAAAUGUCGCCACUCUUAAUACACAGAUUGAAGCUGUGGAUCUUAGUGAUCUAUAAAUGACUGCGAUUUGAAAUUGCUAAAAAAUUUAUAUUUAGAUAGUAUGAUUGUAAUAAUUUGCCUUCCUGGAAUGAUUUCUUCAUGUUUAAAUGAAAUAUUUUUAUGUGAGAAACUUUGUGUUAAUCAUUUUUAUAGAGAUAAUUCAUAGUGAAAUUAAUGGUAAUCACAUAAAAAUAUAUUUAUUACUUUUGAAUUGAAAAGUUUGUUAAGUACAGAACUGUAAAUUUAUAGAUUCUUUUUUUAAAUUAAUUCUAUGAUCUUUUCAGUUUUUUCUAUUAAUAUUAAUAUUAAUAAAUAAUUUUUGAUUAAUGUUUAA